AUGGUUGCUGUGUUGUCGCUGCUGACGCUUGCUACAGCGACUUUGGCUGCUAAGCUGCCCGUGGUUGAUCUGGGAUAUGAGCGACACCAGGCUAUCUCAUUUAACAGCUCUCAUGGCCUGUACAACUUCAGCAAUAUCCGCUAUGCCGCACCCCCACUCGGCGACCUGCGCUUCCGCGCUCCUGUACUCCCAACACAAAACAGAGAACAUAUUCAGAAUGGCUCUGUAGGCCGCGUGUGUCCUCAGGCACUUCCGAUUUGGAAUACCCAAGGCGCGGCAACAUUCCUUCUGAGCUAUUUGUAUAACCAGACGUUCACCGGAUCCAGCAACAUUUCGUCCUAUGAAUACAAGCCGGCCAAACCGGAUCCUCGCACCACUGAGGAUUGUUUGUUCCUCGAUGUAGUUGUCCCGAAGAAGAUCUUCGACCGCGGACAGAACAAAACUUCGCGCCCCCGAAAGAAUCUCGCACCUGUGCUGGUGUGGAUCUAUGGUGGUGGGUAUGUUGCGGGAGAAAAGAGUAGCUCAGAUGCAUCUGGGCUGGUUCAACGCAGCAUGGCUGGGGGAAAUGAAGGCAUUGUAUUCGUCUCCUUGAACUAUCGACUGGGUGCAUUUGGCUGGUCCGGCGGCGACAGCAUCAUUUCCAAUGGUACUGCCAAUGCAGCCCUCCAUGACCAACGCUUCGCUCUGGACUGGGUAUACAAGAACAUCCACCUCUUCGGUGGCGACGCAACCCGGGUUACAGUCAUGGGCGAGUCGGCCGGCGGGGGUUCAAUCAUGCACCAGAUCACAGCAUACGGAGGCACCCGUGGACCUGUUCCCUUCCAGCAAGCGAUUGUACAGAGUCCCGGUUGGGUCCCGACCAUCAGCGAGGAGCAGCAGGAAGACACUCUGCAGCAGUUCCUGGGCUACCUGAACGUCAGCACAGUUGAGGAAGCCCGCAAAUUGUCGUCUGACAAAUUGAUCGCUGCCAAUGCAUACCAGGUCGCAACUCAGUCUCCAUGGGGCACGUUCACCUACGGACCUACUGUGGACGGCAGCUUUGUACCAGCUCUUCCUGGGCAGCUGUUGCUCAGUGGUGAUUUUGACCAUAAUCUCAAUAUCAUGGUCGGACAUAACGCAGAUGAGGGACUUUUGUUCACCUCGCCGGACAGUGUCAAUAGCACUGGCCUGGCAUCUCAACUCACGACUUUGUCACCGAGCAUUCCCGCAAACGUGACCAAGUUCAUCACGGAGGAUCUCUAUCCCGCAGUCUACAAUGGCUCCUAUGGAUACACCGACUCGGUGGCGCGCACGGCGCUCGUUAUCUCGGAUCUGAUCUUCCAGUGUAACACCGACUACUUCAACCGCGCAUACUACAACCAUACCUACGCGUACGAAUUCGUCGUUCCGCCCGGGCUCCACGGUCAGGAUGUCGCCUACACCUUUUACAAUAAUGGUUCUAGCUCUUCUGGUGCCCUCGGCGGCCUCGGCGGAAUCGCCAAUGUAACUGUUGCACUGGCGAUGCAGGACUUCUUCACCAGCUUUGCGCAGCACGGUGUGCCCAAGUCGCAUCUCGCUCCGCCUUUCAAGCGCCAUGGUGAGCGGUCGCAGAUUAUGGCUAUUGGUAACCAUACUAUCCAACCGAUGCGGGAUCCCACCAGCAACCCGCGCUGUGAGUUCUGGCAGACUGCGCCUUAUUACGUGGCAUGA